CCAUUAUUUUCCCCUGAAGUCGCAUCCAGGAAGGAGAAUCGAGUUCGGAUCACAGGCGGAGGAGACGAGACUUUAUUCAUCAGUAAAGAUGGUCAGUAAUAAUGAAAUGUAUCGAUCUGUUCAACUUUAUAUGAAAUCUCUGUGAGGUUACUAUGUUUCCCUCUGUGAUAUGUUGUUAAAUUUAACAGAAUAACUGAAUAAACGGGGUUAAUUUAAUCAUUCUGAGCUAGCGUUAGCCGGCUAAGCUAGCUGCGGUGUGAGUAAGCAAAACAGGAGCUGUUAGCGUUAGCAGCGUGGAAACCUGCUAAAAGAAACGACCACAGCUUUGUUUUCUUUGGAGGAAAUGCAUUAAAAUUGAAUUAUUUGUCAUUUAACUUCAUUCGACGUUUAGUCACAGAUUGUAUCUGUCUUUGUUACUUAUUAUCCAUGCUAACAUGCUAACGUUAGCUCAGAGUUAGCGUUAAUCUGUAGAGUCACGUCGUUUACUUUCGUUUUCUCCAAACUCACUUUAACUUAUAAACUCAUAAUGUUCAUGUGAAGUUAUUAAACACACCUGUAAUCUGUGGUUAAUUUAUGACAGCCUGUCUGUAAUAAUCCAGUUUAAUAAUCCAGUGAACACAGAGGAGUUAAACUUCCUCACUGUUAUCGUGUGUUCGUAUGUUACAGGGAUCAGAUUAUAACCUUUAAUUACUCAGUUGUACCUGGUUAUCAAUAAUUUAGAUGAGUCUGUAACUUUAAACCCAGUUCUAGAAGAGUCCGUAGAUCCUCAGAGUGAAGUCAGUCCGAGUCUGUAAAGAGGAGGAUGAUGGAGGACAGCUAUGUAAGAUUAGCAGGUUUGGGUCUGUAUUCAGGGUCUGUUUGAGGAUUUUAAUCUGAUCUGUUUUCUUCUUUUGUUUCCAUCUUUAGUUCCGUAAUCAGUACGACAACGACGUGACAGUAUGGAGCCCGCAGGUCAGUCUGUUUCCUCUUAUUUCUGUAUUUUACUGACUUUAAAACUAUAGUGAGAACGACACAAAUAUGAGUUUUUACCAAGUCUGCUGCUUCAGUUUUUUAUGAUGGCAAGAUGCAGAUACUCUGGAGUGUUCUGAGGAGUGAACAGAUGAAAUGUAAUAAUUGCAAAGUCCCUCUUUCCCAUAAAAAUGAACUAAUCCCAAAAAAAACAUUUCCACAGCAGUUCAGCCCUGUUACAAAAGGAUCAUCUGACAUAAUUGCAGUGAUUCUCUCGUUAACACAGGUGAGAUUAUUGAUUAGGACAAGGCUGGAGAUAAGGAUGUAACGAUUACCGGUAAAAUGAUAAACCGCAGUAAAAUAUGUGAUGGUUAGUACGACCGUUUCAAAUUUUAAUUACCGUUAAAACCGUGUUUGGUCGCCGCACUCUUGAAAAACUCACGCAUUACGCAGUUUACAACUUGUAAACAUGGCGGAGGGUAGUUUUGCGGGCAGUUUUGCCGUCCGUGUUGCAGAUUUCGUGAGAUUUUUCUGCUGUCAAAGAAAACAAAGUCCGAAGUCUGGGCGUAUUUCGGCUUCUACAAAUUGUUGCGAGGGUUGCCAGGAAGCUUCUGUGCUUCCCAGGAACCAGCGUGCCAUCCGAGAGGAUGUUCAAUGCCAGCGGGAACAUUGUUUCCCCUCGCAGAUCACAAACCAGGAAAGUAAAUCUGCUGACAUUUUUAUAUUUCAAUCUGAAGUAGUGAACAAAGUCAGCAGCACCUUAUGGUGGAGAAAACAGACAAUCGGUUCAUCUGAUUUAUUUACAUAUUUCAUGUUAUCUUAAACACCUGAACUUCACACUGAAGUCCAUCAAGAGCCAAGACUGUCUCCUAAAGUGGAUUCGGGGGAAGCAGGAUCGGGGCACCACCAGUGCAGUAAGCAGGUGUGAGAGCAUCUACACGCACAGUGAGGCCUGGUGUCAAGAAGGACAGCAAAGAAGCCACUUCAGUAAAGCAAACAUCAGGGACAGACUGAUAUUCUGUGAAAGUACAGGGACUGGACUGCUGAGGACUGAGGGAAAGUCUUUUUCUCUGAUGAAUCCUUUUCCGAUUGUUUGGAGCAUCUGGAAAAAAGCUUAUUUGGAGAAGAAAAGGUGAGCGCCACCAUCAGCCCUGUGUCAUAACAGCAGGAACACAUCCUGAGAAUAUUCAUGUGAGGGGUUGCUUCUCAGUCACAAUUUUGUCCAAGAACACGGCCAUGAAUACAGAGCGGUACCAAAACAUCCUCUGAGAGCAACUUCUCCAACCAUCCAAGAUCAGUUUGGUGACGAACAACAUCUUUUCCAGCAUGAUGGAGCUCCUUACCAUGAGGCAAAAAUGAUAACUAAGAGGCUCGAUGGAACCUCCCCAGACCUUAAUCCCAUAGAGAACUUUUGGUCAAUCCUCAAGAUGUGGGUGGACAAACAAAAACUUACAAAUCAACACCUAAGAAAUACUUGUAAUUCUACUUGAGUACAACACAAAAACAUCUAAAAACACUGAAGCAGCAGACUUUGUGCAAAUUAAUAUUUGUGUCAUUCUCAGAACUUUAGUCCACGACUUUAAACCUUGAAUGAGUGUAAUCUCUGAUCUCAAAGAGGUUGAAUGUCUUGUGUUUAUCCAGGGUCGUAUUCAUCAGAUUGAGUACGCCAUGGAGGCAGUGAAACAAGGAUCUGCGACUGUAGGACUCAAAUCCAAAAGCCAUGCAGUCCUGGUUGCACUAAAGGUACGGGUCCUCUCGUCUCUAUCUGCUGAACUGAACCCUACCGUCCUAUCCUGUUUGGUUUUAGAUUUUCUUUCUUCAGAGCGUUUGAGGGACGCUCAUUUCUCUGUUCAAGCUUCUUUUUUGUUUUUUUUUUUCCGCUCAGUUCAGCCUCCACUUAAAAUCUGAGCAGUGAUAAAUGUGAAAAGGAUUCCUGCCAAAAGAACGAGGAAACCAGCUGAGCUAGACUGUGACACCGUUUUUAUUCGCUGCUCUGUGGCUGUAAUUACAGGAGGCGGCCAUAACUCUCCUGCAGCUCUAAUUAUUACAUAAGAACCAUUUUCUCCCAAAGUCAUCAUAAAGAUGCCUCUCUCCAGCGUUUAUUCACUGUAACUUUAAACCUCAGCUCUCUGUGAUAGUCACAGUCAGGUGUCGAUCCUGUUUUCUCUGCAGAGAGCCCAGUCUGAACUGGCGGCCCACCAGAAGAAGAUCCUCCACGUGGAUAACCACAUUGGCAUCUCCAUCGCUGGACUGACGGCUGAUGCCAGACUGCUGUGGUGAGUCAGAAGAGUCUCUAUAGUCUGAAUGAAACUUUUCACUCUUGUUAAUAAAAGACGAUAAUAUUGAUUGUGGUUUCUCUCUGCAGUAACUUCAUGCGUCAGGAGUGCUUGGAUUCGAGAUUUGUGUUCGACAGGCCCCUCCCCACGUCACGCCUCGUGUCUCUUAUUGGCAGCAGUAUCCUCUAAACUUCUGUCAGCCUGAUACAAGUUUUUAUUUCUUUAGAGGAAAGUCAAUGCUGUUACUCUGUGAAGUAAAAUAAAUGUCAAUGUCUCGAGUGAUUCUUAACUGAACCUCCAGAAACCCAAAUCCCAACGCAGAGGUACGGGAGGAGGCCCUACGGCGUCGGACUCCUCAUCGCCGGCUAUGACGUAAGUUUAUAAACUCAAAUGUUCCUGUUUGUAUCUGUUCAUUAAAACUAUUUGUACCUUUUGAAAACAGUUUAGGAUGAGUUUUGGACCGCUUCUCUCUAAUAUGUCUGUUUUCGCUCAGGAUAUGGGACCUCACAUCUUCCAGACUUGCCCCUCAGCAAACUACUUCGACUGUAAAGCCAUGUCCAUCGGCGCUCGCUCUCAGUCUGCCCGGACAUACCUGGAGAGAUUCAUGGACAAGUUUUCUGACUGUAAGCUUCACUCUCUCUAAUCUUUAUACAUCCUAAGAGGAAACUGUAGUUUGUUUUCAUCCUUAACUUUAGUGUUUUCUGUUCAUCUGUUAUUUCUAACCCUCCUGAUCACAGCGGCGUGUGUAAUUUGACUUAACCGUUUCUUUGACGGUGUUGGAGCUGUUUUAAAUUCUCGCUGAGAUCUUUCUCUAAGAGAGCGUUGUUUUGUGUUUUAGGUAAUCUGAACGAUCUCGUCCAGCACGGCCUCCGCGCUCUCAGAGAAACGCUCCCCGCUGAGCAGGACCUCACCACCAAGGUAACCCAGCUCUGUCCGACACGCUCUGAUAAUAGUAAUAAUUAAAAGAAAUUCAAUCCAUCCGUUUUUUUUUUUUUUACUGAUUUUUUUGAUCCUCCCUUUCAGAACGUUUCUAUUGGCAUCGUGGGGAAGGAGAUGGAGUUCACCAUUUAUGAUGACGAUGAUGUUGCCCCCUUCCUGGAGGGACUGGAGGAGAGACCACAGAGAAAGGUCAGACUCAUUCUUCUUAUUUCUGCUUAUUUUUUAACUCGACUAAGUGAAAAAUUGACCUUUUUAUGCAAAACUUGGUGUUUAAGUCUGUCGACAUUCUGCACUGAUAUUAGACGAUAACUAGCCAGACUCUGUAUUUUGAAACGGACCCUGACGGUUGUCUCUCUUCUUGUGUCUCAGGUCGCCCAGCCUGCAGACGAACCUGCAGCCGGAGCAGCACCCGACGAGCCGAUGGAGCACUGAUGCGGUCCAGUCUGUUUGCCUCCUGUUCAUCGUUAGGAGGGGGGGGCGGGCACAAACCCCAGACCAACCUGACACUUAAUGCAACUCACAGAGGGGGGGGCGCUGCUGUGUUGACAUGCCACUCGCUAAACUGUUGAUCCAAAAUAUUCUCUGCAAACAUCCGCCAGUGUGAUGUUGCUUUUGUAUGAGUAAAUGUACCAUUAUAAAAGUAAUAAACUCUUUUUUUGAAUUGUG